AUGCACAGUAUGGUAAGUACUCCUGUCGGAGUAAGAAAAGGUUCAUGGACUGAAGAAGAAGAUAAACUUCUCAGGAAAUGCAUUGACAAUUAUGGAGAAGGAAAAUGGCAUAAAGUUCCUCUCAGAGCAGGGUUGAACAGAUGCAGGAAGAGCUGCAGGCUGAGGUGGGUAAACUAUCUAAGGCCAAAUAUCAAAAGAGGUGACUUUACACCGGAUGAAGAUGAUCUCAUUAUAAGGCUUCAUAACCUGUGGUCACUGAUUUCCGGUAGACUUCCCGGAAGAACAGCCAACGAUGUGAAAAACCAUUGGAACACCCAUCUGCAGAAGAAGGUAUUGGCUCAAGAUGAGGGGACGAGAAAAGCCCAGAAAACCACCAAAACCACAAUCUUGAAACCUCGACCUCUGGCCUUCAAAAGAAUUGCACCUUUUUCGUCAAGAGAAAACAUAAUUUCCGAACCAAAUAUUUCAGUAACUGAUCAAAAUCUAGACAUUCCAUCUCCAUCACCGUCAAAACCAGCAGAUGAUGAAUGCACCCAAUGGUGGAGUAACUUGCUUGAUUCUGUGAAAAUUGAUGGAGAACCUGAGCCAGGAUCCAAUGGAAUAUCUCUAGAAUUGCACGAAGAAGACAAUGGCUGGAAUGACUUUUCUAUUGACAAAGACAUUUGGGAGCUUCUGAGUUCUAAAAACAAUAUACUAAUGCAGUAG